AUGGCGUCGUGGCUAUCCAGCGCCGUGUCGUCCGUCACAAGCAACACUGCCAACCUGCGCGAGACGCUCAAGCUGCCGGACAACCUCAACGCCUUCCGCGACCAGGCCGACCCCGCCACGUCCUCCUCCUCCUCAUCCUCCUCCAUCAGCUCCAUCAGCCAUUAUGCGCGAGACGUACUCGUUGAAGGAACGGAAGAAACCGUCGACCUCGAAGCCGAAGUUGCAGUGCUGCGUCAGCGACUGCGGGACGCCGAGGCGACCUCCGAGUCGAUGCGCCAGGAGCUCAAUCAACGCAUCGCACAUGCGGACGAGUUAACGCAGCGUGCAGAGAGCACCGAUUUGCAACUGAUGGCCGUUUCGCGCGAGUACAAGGAGUUGCUCAUGGCAAAGGAGGCCGAGCUCAACGACGCACAGGACAACCGCAUCGCUACAGAGAAUGCAAUGCGCGCACAGCAACAGGCGUACCAGAUCCAAGUGACGCAGUUGCACGAGACGGUCGACCACUUGCAGCACGAGAUUGUGCGGGUGAGCGGCGGCGGUGGUGCUGCUGUGGCAGAGGCAAUCCCGACCACCAUCACUCGCAUCGCGUCCGUGCCAACACUGACGCCAUCAUCGAUUGCUUUAUCAGCAGCAGCAGCAGCUGCUGCUGCACAGAGCUCGGCAAAUACGAGCAUGCUGGACGAGGUGGACAUUGACGACGCUAGCGAUUUUGGCGCAGCCGCCGCAUCCCGCCGUCAGAUUGAAGCGUUGAAUGCUCAACUGUUGACGGCGCGUCGGGAUCUCGAUCACUGGAAGCGUGUAGCUGAUGAAAAUACAUCCCAGCAGUCUCCCGCGACGGCGAACAACGGUCCACCUGCACUCCAGGACGAACUGGCCGCCGCUCAAACGCAAAUCAAACGAUUGAGAACCGAAUGCCUGGAACGCGAGCGUCAGAUGCAAGACAUGGAGCAGGUCCACUUGCUCAAGAUUCAAGAAGCACAGCGCUUUGCGCACCAAGAACUCGAGCUCGAGCGGUCUCGCGUCGCCGACCUGCAAGCCCAGCUGGACGAGGCGGGCGGGUCUGAUUCCCAGCCAGAUCAUAGCGGCAAGAUCUCUUCCGAGACGACUGCGAAUGAUGUAGCUGCCGCCACCGAGCUCGCGCGUCAGCUUGACGAGUGCAAAGCACAACUGGCACGGCAGCAAGAAGAAACCAGCAAAACCCAGCAAGUUCUGGCCCAGCUGUCCGAGUCGCAAGAAGCCGAAAUGCUGGCUCUUGCCGACUCGUUCAAGCAACGCGAGAAGCAGUUGGCGAUCGCAUCCGACGAAAAGCACCAGCAAGCAAUCAACGCCCUGCAUGCCGAGCUGUUGGCCGCAAAGCUUGCCGCAACGUCUACCGUUGACGCAACCAACGAAGAAACUCGUGAGCAGAUUCAACAGUUGCAAAGUCAACUGCAAGCUCUGCAGACUGACGCCCAGCACGCACACGAACAAGAGCAGCGUGCCACGACCGAAGCUGCGGAAUUGCGCCAGCAACUGGAGGCGGCGAAACUGGCUGCUCUGACGGGUACUCGGGACGCCGCAGAUCAACUUCUUGCAUUGCAGCAGCAAGUGCAAAGUCAGCAGACAGCGAUUGCCGAGGCUCAGCAGCGAGAACAGCAAGCCCAGUCCGAAUCAACCGGUUUGCGUGCCCAGCUGGAAGCGGCUCAGCUCUCUGCUGCCUCCGCUGCUCAAUCACGCAGUCAAGAAGCCUCUUCUCAGAUUUCGGAGUUGCAGCAGCAAGUGCUUGACUUGCAGGCCAAGGUACAAGGCGCACACCAACGCGAGCAGGCGGCUCAGCUCGAGCAGCAAACGCAGUCCACCGGCAACCAAGAGUUAUCCAUGCAAAUUGUCGAGCUACAACGGCAAGUGCAAGACCUGCAGGCCAAGGUACAAGGUGCACACCAACGCGAGCAGGCGGCUCAGCAAACGCAGUCCACGGAGAUGGCGCAGCUUCGCCAGCAGUUGGAAGCGUCACAUGCCGCGCUUGAUCACGCCAAGCAGGCAUUCCAGGCAGAACAGGCGACUUGGGUGCAGCAUGAGCAAGAUUUGAAGAGUCAAGUGUUGUCCAAGUCUGCCGAUCAAGAUACUGUCGCGCUCUCGCGCGUGCAUGAGUUGGAAAAUGCCCUGUCUCAGCUCACAGCAGAGCUGAAUAAGGCGAAACUUCAUGCAACGCAAGCUGAUGCUGACACUGCCCGACUUGUGGACAAGCUGCGUGUCGAGCAGGAGCGAUCAAUUUCCUUGGACACCCAAGUUACCGCCCUGCAGACAGACCUGCAACGCGCGCAACAGUCCCAGCACGAGCUGUUCGGCAAGCUCCAACAGGCAGAGGCUCAACGGACGGAUUCGUCCAGCCGCGUGCAGCAAAUCCUCGACGAACACAUGUCUGCAGGAAUGGAGAUGGAGGCCCAGUUGAAAUCCAAGCUGGCUUCCUUGGAGCAGCUGCACGCUCAAUCGACGCACGAUCUCGGCGCAGCGCGACACGAAAUUGAAUUGCUGCAAAAUGAGAUUGCGAAAGGCGAGAAGACCACGGCACGGCUUCGACAGCACCUCCUCGAGAUUGAAGACACGCACACGACGGAGGGCGUGGUCCGAGAGACACGCAUUGCAGAGCUUGAGGCCCAGAUUGCAGAGCUGUCAGAGCGAUCGCAAGUCCAAGCCAACGAAGGCGAGUCUGCGCAACUCGAUUUGGCUCAGCGCCUGCAAAAGUCGGAUCAGCAGGUUGCUCAACUCGCGCAAGAGCGAGAUGCUUUGCAGACCGCACAAGUGCAGCUUCGACAGGAGCUUGAGCAAACCAACACUGCACUUUCCAACAUGCAGCUGGUUCUGGACCAAAUGACACGAGAUUCACAAUCGACCGAGUCUCUGAAACUCGAUAAGGCCAUGCGAGAUUUGGCUGCUGCCCACCGUGAGCUCGCUGCUGCAGAGAGCAAGAUACAGGAGCUUGAGCGUGCUCUCCCAAUGUUGCAGCAGUACGAGUCUCAGGUCAUUCAGCUUCGCGGGGCCCAAUCUCUUGCAGAUCAACAGCUGCUGGGAGCCCGCAACCAAAUCGCCGAUUUGAAUCGCUUGUUGAAGGAAAGCCACGAGCGCCUCCGCCAAGCAUUGACAGCCACAACAAGCAACGCCAUUGACAAGGGCUUGGUCAAGAACCUGAUCGUUUCGUACUUUAAGACAAACAAGAAGAAUGAGGUCUUGAAUCUUAUCGGCAAUCUUUUGGAGUUUGACGACGCCGAAAAAGCCGCGGUCGGCAUCGGCCGUGGAAACGUGUGGUCCCGUAUUGGUGGUAUCGCUUCCAAGUUAACAACUACCAUUGGUGCCAAGCCAGCCGGAGUGGCGGCAGGCGAGCACGGAGAGACCUUGUCCGAUCUCUUUGUCCAAUUCUUGCUCGAACACUCCAAUCCAGCUCCAGCCAGUUCGGGCGCAUCCGCUACAUCCGACACCACUGCUGCUCCUGCAGUGGCCGAGUCCAACUCUGCAUAA